GCGAUUCACAGCCAGCAUUGCGCCUUAAAUGUCGUCGUAAGCGAAGGCGAAAGGGAAAAUAGACGUAACGGAUUGCUUUUCCAACGCAAGAGAUUGUUAUAACAGCCAAAAGUUUUGAUCCAUAUUUUAGCUGCACCCAACGUCCAAGUGCCACGUGAUUGGUUUGCAGUUUUGGUCACACGAUGGUGCGGGCCUUGUGGGCGGUGUUACGGGCGGUGACUUUCCAAGGAGCAGCCGUGUUGAAAACAAACGCACCUGCUGGCUUCGCACGCGCUUAUCAACCUCAGACCGGGGCGUUCCGCCGACUGGUCGCUGCGUGCUCCCGAUCUUUAUCCAGUGACGUGAGGCGCCAACAGUGUUCGGCCAAAAUGCCUAACAUAACCACAGACCACCUGGAUGAGAAGCAGGUGCAGUUGCUGGCCGAGAUGUGCAUCCUCAUCGAUGAAAAUGACCAACGGAUUGGUGCCGACACAAAGAAAAACUGCCACCUAAACAUCAACAUCGAGAAAGGUUUAUUACACAGAGCCUUUAGCGUCUUCAUUUUUAACAGUGAAGAGAAACUGCUGUUACAGCAGCGCUCCGAUGCCAAAAUCACUUUUCCCGGCUGUUUCACCAACACAUGCUGCAGUCACCCAUUAUACACCGACAGUGAGCUCGAGGAGAAAGAUGCCAUUGGAGUGAGAAGAGCUGCGCAGAGGAGACUCGAAGCAGAACUGGGUAUCCCCAUAGAACAGGUGACUCCAGAUGAAAUGGCCUAUCUAACAAGGAUCCAUUAUAAGGCGCAGUCAGAUGGCGAUUGGGGAGAGCAUGAGAUUGACUACAUCCUCUUUAUGCAGAAGGAUGUGGAGUUGAGCCCGGACCCAAACGAAAUUAAAAGCCACUGUUAUGUGAGCAAAGAAGAGCUACGGCAAAUGCUGGAGAAGGCCAAGCGUAAAGAACUGGAGAUCACUCCCUGGUUUCAGCUUAUCGCAGAGACCUUCCUCUUCAAAUGGUGGGACAAUUUGCAGAAUCUAAAACAGUUCAUGGAUCACACCAACAUUCACCGCAUGUAAUCACUACUACCAUCGGAUUGGUAUCGCCAUUUCAGACUUUUGGUUGUUUUGGUCUAGCCCGAACCAGCUCAUGUGUUAGUUGUCAUGUAAGGUUCACUGGAAGUUUGUCGCUCAAAGAUGCUUUGUAUGCACAGUGGUGGAGAGGUGAACCUGUAGAAAUUGAACAGUUGACUCGUCUACAAGUGUAGAAAGGCAAAGUAAUGAACUCUAAUAAGAUUCAUGAUGUAAUAACUUGCAACAUUAUGGCUAACAAAAAUGAGAAGAUCUUAUUUUUAUAUGGUAAAUAAAAUCAAGGAUCUGUUUGACUACACGUAAUUAAAUAUAGUACACUACGUACAUAUUUUUGCAAAGAACUGAACCUUACACUGCACGUGAGUUUCUUUUGUGGACUUUCACAUUAAAGUGGUGUGACUUCUUGCAGAAGAGACUUUUUUUUUUUCCUUUGGUCUGACUAAUAAAUAAAUACUAAAUUGUC